GUAACCUUCUUUCGGCAUGUCGUUCAUGCAAAAUUCAGAGUCCGACUUCGAUCAACGGUGGACCCGAGUCAAUGCCGUAGUGAACAAAAUGUUAAAAAUGGAGAACGUCCCACACGCUGUGUGGCAAGCCACUUUUUCUGAUGUUUUUUCGAUAGUUAUGUGGAACGAAACCACGGGGCCGACUAAAAUCAAAGAAUCUCUUACGGAAACUAUAUCGGAGUACAUUAAAAAUGUUCGCAAAUCCAUACUCCAGAGUCAGGAUGAAACUUCACUGCUCAAAAACUACAUUGUCCAGUGGAACAAGUUCAUAGACCGAGCCGAAUUUAUUCCUCUUCCUUUCACUCACAUGGAUAUGCAUGUGAACGGAAAGCAUCAAGUGAAUUAUCUCAAUCCAAGGCAUAUGCAGGAAAGUUCAGUCCGGAAGCUUAUGCUGGAAAUGUGGAACAGUAGCAUUUAUGAGCAAUUGAAGAAAAGACUUAUGGACAGCGCAAUCCAAUUGAUACAAAACGAAAGGCAUGGACAAGUCAUCGACUCGUCUCUAGUUAUCGGCGUUAGAGACUCUUGUGCAAGUCUUCCGGAGACCACGAUUUCCGAAAAACCAGGGUAUUUGGACCAAUUGUUAGAGAUUUACAUUACGGCAACGGAAAAUUUUUAUCGCCCAGUCAUUGCGGAACUGAUUCAGAAGCGCGGUAUCCGGGAGUACACUCAAUAUGCCACACAAAGAUUACUGGAGGAAGGAGAGCGGGGGAAACGUUAUUUGGAAACAACGCAGGAAUGCAGCUCUGUGACAACCUUGAUGAAAGCGUGUGUUCGGAUAUUUGUAAUUGACUACAUGGAUCAGUUGCUCACUGAGAUACCCAAACUUCUCCGUGAACACAACAUGGAACUAUUGAGACGAUUUUACGAGCUUAUUUACCGUGUGCCCGGGGGUUCGGAAAACCUGCUCCCCAUAUUUGAACAACACGUUAAGCAAGCAGGACUGCAGGAUAUACAGUCCAGUGCUGACUCCAUGUUAAAGGAUGCCAAUAAAUACGUGGAAAAACUUUUGGAGUUGUACAGUCGCUUCACUUCCAUCGUUCACGAGGCGUUCAACAACGAUCCUUUGCUGCUGGCUUCCAGGGACAAAGCAUAUCAGGAGAUUGUCAACGACACUUCUGUGUUCACAACAGAAAUACCGCUUUCAGUUAGGAGUGGAGUACGCCGGGUGGAAUCGCGUUGCCCGGAGCUGUUAGCAUCCUAUUGUGACCUCAUGCUGCGGAAAUCGCCAGUCAGCAGACGGCUCAGCUCGGAUGAAGUCGAAAAGCUACUGGAGAAUGUCCUCUUGGUGUUGAAAUACGUCAACAGUAAGGACAUCUUCAUGCGAGUGUACAAAACGCAUCUAAUUCGACGGCUACUUCUGGAAACCUCUGCGGAUAACGAAAUGGAAGAGAUGAUGGUCGACCGUCUCCGGAACGUCGGAAUGCCCGCGGAGCAUAUCAACAAGCUGUCCCGUAUGUUUCAAGAUAUAAAAAUCUCUCAAGAUUUGACCACAAACUUUAAGGAGGAAUACCGGAUCAGUGACAGUGCAGCUCCUGUCGAUGGAACGUUGGUUUCCAGAAUUACCGCCUCUUCACCUUCAACUAACGUGGAUGUCGUAAAUAUCUUGAUUCUCACCAGUGGAUCGUGGAUGUUACAAUCAGAGGAAAAGGCGUUCAUUUCUUUGCCAUCUGAAUUGGACGACUUUCCUCCCCUCAUUGAGGAGUUUUACAAAAGAAAGCACCAAGGUCGCAAUCUUCUUUGGCAGCACCAUUUGUCUCAUGGGCUACUACUGUUCACAAGCGAUCGAGGACGCUUUGAACUAGAGGUCACUGUCUAUCAGCUGGUAGUGUUGUACGCCUGGAGUCGACGCUUCGAUCAACGUUUGAGUUUGGAUAGCCUGCUUACUGCCACCGGACUGCAGGAGAACGAGCUUCGGCGGACCCUCUGGACUCUGUGUGAGCAUCCAAAAAUGGAGGAACAGAUAGUUCUUUAUUCUCCAAGAGCCAAAUCCGAAAAGGAGUUUUCAGAGUCAACUGUAUUUUGGAUCAACCUCAAUUUUACAAAUUCGAAGUCUAGCAAAUCUCUGGCGCGCCGUCGUUUGAAUCUUAUCGGUCGUCUCCAACUCACUCAAGAGACGAGUAACGAAGAAGAGACAAUGGCAAUUGUUGAACUGCGACAGCUGAGGACCCAAGAAGCGGUGAUCAAGGUACUUAAAACCCGAAAACGUAUGUACCAUAACGAACUGUACAAGGAACUCGUGGAACUGCUACGCUGUCAGUUUGUUCCCUCCAAGCGACUCGUCAAGGAGGUUUUGGAGUGGCUCAUCGAGAGGCAAUACGUCCGUCGCCAUGAGACUGACAAGGAUAUGUUCAUUUACGUCACUUGAUCGUACUCAUUUGCUGUUCGGAAGUGCACAGGUCUGUUUUUUUUGCAUAGGUUGAAGAUUUUCGGACAUUAAGCCAUAGUGCGUUGUUUUGGUUGACUUGGUCAGCAACAGCCCUGACAUGUGAAGAAUUCGUCUCAGGUUGUCCAUCGAGCCAACUAUGCUUGUUUCCCUCUCCCCUUCAGUACUCAGUGUCAAAACGCGCUGUUCCAUCCGCAAUGGGGCACUUACGUUUUCUUUGCGUAGCCAACUCGUUCUUCUACUCAUUUCUUACUUCCGCUGUCUUUCGUUCAGUCUCUCUCUCACUAGCAACUAUUCACUGCAUAUUUGAGUGUCCACCAGCACACAUUUACCCGUGAAUCGCAUCAUUCAGUUUGGAAUUCCCUAACUUUCGACGGAAUUUCUGAUGCCACACUUUUUACUCCGUGAUUCGCUGAAUUGCUCUCAAACAUACCGUUUGACUCAUCACUUUGGCGUGCAUGCACACCACUUUUUGAUACUUUCCCAGAGAUGAAACAGCGCAUCAUUUCCCAUGAUCACAUGCCACGUCCUCGGGUUUUUCGAUGUGUACAUCAUUUUCAUCUCAUUAUCCCUUAGUGCUUCUUUAUCAUCUUUCUGUGUUUACGGCUUCCGCGGCACGUGGGAAGAGUACACUACUCAACCUUCUCGUCGCCGUUAUCCGACAAGAACACGCAUUUCACCGGAUAACGCCAGCUCUGAUAUGUCUUACGGUUCCCUCUCUAUCCUUUCGAUACCUUGCAAUUCGAGGAUAAAUCGUGUGCGACUCUCACUCAAGAUUUUGUACUCUCUCUCUAUUUUUACGAUCUAUUUUCACUGUCCAUAUGGCUACAGUUUUAUUUGAAUUGUUCCUUCGACAGAAUGUUAAACUGUUCGCGUAUUUUCGUUGACUUGUUUGCGGUUAUUUUGAAGCCGCAAGCUCCCUGGCCUGUUCUGCUGCACGUUCCGCACCCAUCCCAGUGGGUAAGUGUAGCUUGCUCCACACUUUUUAUUAUUGCGAUAGUAUGUAUUGUUUCCCCGGGGAAUUACCCGAUUCUCCUGGCUUCCCCAUGUACAUCAAUACAGAUAAGUCAAAUACUGUUAGGUCAUC